AUGGAGCGGAUAUCCUUGUCAGACACCACUUUUUGUAGGGAAGCUUUUGGAGAGCUAAUCAUACACUCGAAGGUGAGAUGGCCCAAUUGGUUAGUGCGCGAAUUUACCGAUCGGGAGGUCCGUGGUUCUGACCCAACCUCUUCCUCUCGACUUCCCCUGUCUAAGUUUGGGCAAUCUGGCAGUAUCCCAGCCCUCCUGCUUCCCUCGGGUGGCAUGGCAGCUAGGCACCGGAAGGGUUCUACAGCUGGACGAUUAUUAUUACUUCCGAUAGUUUCGUUUGACUUCUGGUUCUCCAAUUUAUUCGGAACUGCAUACAAAUGCGGAAAUAUAUUGUUCACUUCGAAUGGCCGUGGACUUCUGAGUCCAGUGGGUAAUCAAAUCAAUGUAUAUGAUUUGCAAACAGACGAAUCUACAACCCUGGAGGUGAAGUCUUUCUUCAACAUACGCCAUAUGGCUCUUUCUCCAUCAGUUUCCAUGCUUGUGGCUGUGAACGAUGCUGGUGAAGCGUCCAUCAUAUCUCUUAUAUCCGGAUCGGUAGUAUCGGUCUACCCAUUGAAACAUCCGGUGACUGCACUCUCUUUCAGUCCAGAUGGAAAAUUCCUUGCAAUCGCAAAAGGCCACUGUGUCAUGCUGUUUUUCGCACCGGGUUGUCAGAGGCAAUUCAAUCAUCUGGAACUGUAUCGAGUGUACUAUGGUUUCCUGGAUGAUGUAACAUCCAUCGAUUGGUCCACGGACUCUUGUGUUUUUCUUGCGGGUUGUUCGGACAACAGCUGCAGAGUAUUUUCUGUUCAUAGACUAAAAAAGCUUGUUAUAUAUACACUUUCUGGGCAUCGGAACCCAGUAGUUGGUGGAUUCUUUAUGCAAAAUUCGCUGGAUGUCAUCACUAUCAGUACCGAUGGUGAAUUAUGCGUUUGGGACGCGAAUUACAAACUGAAUGAAGUUGAAUUCGGUGACACUGCAACUAAAGAGAAAGUUUUAUUUCGGUUAAAUAAAAGAUACCGGUACGCUUCAAGUGCGGAGGGCUGUUUGAAUGCUCUCGUCACGGCGGUGUCGUUUCACAAACAGCUGCGCCUGUUAGUAACAGGAUUUGAUUCUGGACAUUUAAUGCUACAUACAAUACCAGAUUUCAACCUCAUCAGUGAAGUCAAACUGUUUGAGCACGCGAUCACCACGCUCACCAUAAACCGUUCUGGGGAGUGGAUUGGUGCGGCGACCGAAGAUAACGGACAACUGACUGUCUGGGAGUGGCGGUCACAAACGUGUCACCUGAAGGCACAGUCACAUGCAAGGCAGAUGACAAGUUUGGCCUACUCUCCUGAUGGUCUGCAUUUGGUGACAGGUGGCCAAGAUGCCAAGGUGAAAGUUUGGAGAAUUUCUGGAGGACGGGCCGUAGUAACGUUUUCUGAACAUACUGCCGCAGUAACGGGGGUAGCAUUUCCGGCAUCGAAAGCGAAAGUCGUGAUAUCUGCCAGCCUUGACGGCACUGUCCGUGCCCACGAUCUCGUACGCUAUCGGAACUUCCGUACACUGUCCGUCCCUACUCGACAAGUACAAUUCGCCUGUCUGGCCGUUGAUGCUCCUGGUAGCCUUGUUGCAGCUGGUGGUCUGGACUCGUUUGAAACGUUUGUGUGGUCGGUGAAGACGGGUGUUUUGCUGACUACUCUCACAGGUCAUACUGCUCCAGUAAGCUCUCUUGCAUUCAAUCCAGAUGUGGCUGGCUAUAGUAUAGAGCUAGCUUCCGUUAGUUGGGACGGCACUUUACGUUUGUGGGACCUUACAGGAAAUUCCGCAGAUGAACACAACCCAUCAUCUGUCGGUAACACCAAGGAGGUUGUGCACUUUUCACACGAUGCACUCUGCGUGGCUUAUCGGAGUGACGGUAAAGAGAUCGCCAUCAGCCUCCUGAACGGCGACGUCGUGUUCUACGAUCCGAAUGAAGGAACAGAGAAGGGUGCGAUAAAUGGAAAGCACGACCUCGGUGUAGCGCAAACUACGGAGGCCGAUCUGGUCACUCCGAAACGUUCGGCUCAAGCAAGAAAAUUUCAGACAAUUGCCUACUCCGCUGAUGGGGAACACUUGUUGGCAGGCGGUGACUCAAAAUAUGUUUGUCUUUAUUCCAUUCCGGAUCGAGUUCUCCUCAAGCGAUUCGAAGUGACGUGUAAUCUUUCGUUGGAUGGAGUGCAGGAAGUUCAUGACCGUCGGCGAUUCCUCGCCCAGUAUUCUACUGAAGCCAUGCACGCUAAACUAUCUCAAAACGUAAGCCUGCCAAUCCCGACCAGCCGAGCAGGUGUGGAUCGAAGCAGUCGUCAGUGGCGCCCAGAAAUUCAUGUUUCAUCUGUACAGUUCGCUCCAACUGGUGAUGCGUUCGCUGCUACAACGACGGAGGGAGUCCUUGUCUAUUCGUUAGCAUCUGUGUGCACUGGUUUCGGUUUCGGUGAUCACUCCGUUCUUGAUCGGGCCGCUUAUGGAGGAUGGCUGUUCGACGCCGUGGGUCUAGAUGAAACCGCUACUCCGGAGAAUGCACGCCUCGCACUAGCUGAGGGCAAACAGGCCCAAGCUUUGGAUAUCGCGAUCCGUUUGCGUUUGCAUGAACUGGUACAGGAAGUGAUGGAGUCCAUUCCAUCCAAUCAGAUUGAUUUCCUUGCCCGCCAGCUACCAACACGCCAGGUAGUGGACUUUGUUAUUCCCUUCUUGGCGCGUCAGCUGAGCGGUCACUCUCGUCAUGUGGAGUUCUACACACACUGGACCGAUUCUAUACUACGUUCUCGUGGACUUGAUCUGCGACGCGGAGCGGCUAGCUGGGCCCUUGCUAGUCCAGGGAAUCGUUCACUGGAUUCUAGCGUGAACAAGAGUGCCUCUGAUAAAAUUGGGUUUCUGAGCGAACGUGGAGAAUGGGCUUCGUGUCAGGCAAGUUUGGUGCGUCUACAGGGAAGUCUGGAACAGAUCAAAACCAACGUUAUUCACAGGUUUGAGGCCGUUAGUAACUUGUGGCGGUAUCUUCAAAGUGUGGCUAUGCUGAAGGCUACUCGGAUGAGAACAGCCGUCCUCAGCUCCGAACAAGCUGCUACUGAGCAUAUGGAUCAUCUAGAUGAACCAAAUCUUCUGGCUGCCGCUUCGACGCAUCUUCCUAAGAAAAAAACCUUGAAAACGAAAACCAAACAACCACACAAAGCGAAAGCACACCGAACUUGAUAUCACUGGAGCCGUUUAUUUCACUGUAUAGAAUUUAUUCACGACACUUUUUGUCUUGCGUGCUUACAUUCUGGUGCGUAGCAGGCUUGCUCAGA